CGGAGCCUGUGCGGGGUCACGGGGCGCUUCCCACGCUGCCCGCGGCCCCGGCCCCCGCCAGGAUCCCAGUGCCAGCCAGGCGCCCACGGGCCAGGGCGGACUCUGGGGCCCUGGAGCCCCCAGCCCAGUGGUAAUGGGCCAGCCAUCGCGCCUCCGGGGUUCCGGGCUCUGAGGGCCGCCUCGGUGCUGGAGCUAUGGAUGCCAACCUGCCAGGCACCUUUCUGCUCAACGGCCCCUCGCUGGGCCCCUUCCCCGAGGCUAAGGCGCCUGUUUGCCAGUACUCAGUGCAGAGCUCCUUCUACAAGCUGGGACCCCCCGGACUGGGUGCCCAGCUGGCUGCUGGCACCCCCCACGGAAUCUCCGACAUCCUCGGCCGGCCCGCGGCGACACCGAACAGCAGUGUCCUCCCUGGCUACCCCCACGCGGGCGGAUUUAACGGACUGAGCUCCCCGGGCGUCUAUUACGGGCCCCAGGUGGGCGCCCUCCCCAAGGCUGGUGGCGAGUACCUGCCGCGGGGACGGAGCUGCUGGGCGGAGGCGGCCCCGGAGUGGCGGGGCGGCCGGCAGUGCGGCGGCCCCCCUGCUCACUUGGCUGACAGCAUCCAUAAGAAGAAGCACACGCGCCCAACCUUCACGGGACACCAGAUCUUUGCUCUGGAGAAGACUUUUGAGCAGACCAAGUACCUGGCAGGUCCGGAAAGAGCACGGCUGGCCUAUUCUCUUGGUAUGACUGAGUCUCAGGUGAAGGUCUGGUUCCAGAACCGACGGACCAAAUGGAGGAAGAAGAGUGCCCUGGAGCCCUCCUCAUCCUCGCAGCGGGCGGGGGGCUCUGGCGGAGACCGGGCGACCUCUGAGACCGAGGACGAUGAGUACAACAAGCCUCUGGACCCAGACUCAGACGACGAGAAGAUCCGACUGCUACUGAGGAAGCAUCGUGCGGCCUUCUCGAUGCUGGGCUUGGGCACGCACAGCGGCUGAGCACCAGCAUAGCCUGCCCCUCUGGGCUGGGGGGUGACUGGCCUGGCCACCUGCAUCCUGCCAGCGGGUGACUCCCCUCACCAGCAGGUGCCUGGCUGUUGGGAUGGGGUGGCUGAAAGCUGGAUGGGGAGCAUGGCUUGCAGGGCUGGGAGCAGCACACGUGGGUAGUGUCAGGUGCAGCCCUGUUACAGGCGUUGAUGAAAUAAAGGUCCCAGUCAAGUCCCAGCACUUGUUUCGUGGGCAUGCGGUCCAGGGUGGCCUUGUGAGGCUGGGCCAGAGAAGGGUUGGGGAUAGGAUGUGUACGGGGCAGGGCCUGCAUGCCAGGCAGGGGAAGGGGCCAUGCUGUGGUUCUUGUGUGUGGGGUAGGAAGUGCCCACAGAAGCAGGUGAGCCCUGGAGAUUUUCCCAGGGUUUUCUCUGGUUUGGGCGUGUACCAGCAGCAAGAGCUGCUGGUUCAAAAGUCACUCAUUGGGGCCUCUUACUGGAAGCUCUUAGCAGCAAAUAAAUAUCAUUUAUCUUAA